AUGAAUAAUGAAUGUGAGAAUAUUGAGAUUAACCCCAUAAACACUGAAUGUGAGAAUAUUGAGAUUAACCCCAUAAACACUGAAUGUGAGAAUAUUGAGAUUAACCCCAUAAACACUGAAUGUGAGAAUAUUGAGAUUAACCCCAUAAACACUGAAUGUGAGAAUAUUGAGAUUAACCCCAUAAACACUGAAUGUGAGAAUAUUGAGAUUAACCCCAUAAACACUGAAUGUGAGAAUAUUGAGAUUAACCCCAUAAACACUGAAUGUGAGAAUAUUGAGAUUAACCCCAUAAACACUGAAUGUGAGAAUAUUGAGAUUAACCCCAUAAACACUGAAUGUCAGAAUAUUGAGAUUAACCCCAUAAACACUGAAUGUGAGAAUAUUGAGAUUAACCCCAUAAACACUGAAUGUGAGAAUAUUGAGAUUAACCCCAUAAACACUGAAUGUGAGAAUAUUGAGAUUAACCCCAUAAACACUGAAUGUGAGAAUAUUGAGAUUAACCCCAUAAAUACUGAAUGUGAGAAUAUUGAGAUUAACCCCAUAAAUACUGAAUGUCAGAAUAUUGAGAUUAACCCCAUAAAUACUGAAUGUGAGAAUAUUGAGAUUAACCCCAUAAAUAUGAAUGUCAGAAUAUUGAGAUUAACCCCAUAAACACUGAAUGUGAGAAUAUUGAGAUUAACCCCAUAAAUACUGAAUGUGAGAAUAUUGAGAUUAACCCCAUAAACACUGAAUGUGAGAAUAUUGAGAUUAACCCCAUAAACACUGAAUGUGAGAAUAUUGAGAUUAACCCCAUAAACACUGAAUGUGAGAAUAUUGAGAUUAACCCCAUAAACACUGAAUGUGAGAAUAUUGAGAUUAACCCCAUAAACACUGAAUGUGAGAAUAUUGAGAUUAACCCCAUAAACACUGAAUGUGAGAAUAUUGAGAUUAACCCCAUAAACACUGAAUGUGAGAAUAUUGAGAUUAACCCCAUAAACACUGAAUGUCAGAAUAUUGAGAUUAACCCCAUAAACACUGAAUGUGAGAAUAUUGAGAUUAACCCCAUAAACACUGAAUGUGAGAAUAUUGAGAUUAACCCCAUAAACACUGAAUGUGAGAAUAUUGAGAUUAACCCCAUAAACACUGAAUGUGAGAAUAUUGAGAUUAACCCCAUAAACACUGAAUGUCAGAAUAUUGAGAUUAACCCCAUAAACACUGAAUGUGAGAAUAUUGAGAUUAACCCCAUAAACACUGAAUGUGAGAAUAUUGAGAUUAACCCCAUAAACACUGAAUGUGAGAAUAUUGAGAUUAACCCCAUAAACACUGAAUGUCAAUAUAUUGAGAUUAACCCCAUAAACACUGAAUGUGAGACUAUUGAGAUUAACCCCAUAAACACUGAAUGUGAGAAUAUUGAGAUUAACCCCAUAAACACUGAAUGUCAAUAUAUUGAGAUUAACCCCAUAAACACUGAAUGUGAGAAUAUUGAGAUUAACCCCAUAAAUAUGAAUGUCAGAAUAUUGAGAUUAACCCCAUAA